UUUAUUAUAAGGCGGAGCUCGGCGGGAGAGGUGCUAGCGGUAGCUGAGCGGAGCCGGAGGAGUCUAGCACCAGAGCGAGGACUGCAGCCAGGGGACCCCGCAGCCCUCGCCUAGGACAGCAGCGCGCUUGGGCAUCGCUCAAGGGAGCUGGGCGCAGCGCAACCCGCAGAGCCGACUCGGAGCCUCGCGCAGACGGCUCAGCGCCGCGCACCCCUGACCCGCGCAACCCGCUGCGCUCCCGCCGCUGGUCCGGGCAGCAUGAGGCGCGCGGCGUUUUGGCUCUGGCUCUGCGCGCUGGCGCUGCGCCUGCAGCCGGCCCUCCUGGAAACCGUGGCCACAAAUGUGCCCCCUGAAGAUCAGGAUGGCUCUGGGGAUGACUCUGACAACUUCUCUGGCUCGGGCGCAGGUGCUCUGCCAGAUGUCACUCUGUCACAGCAGACCCCCUCCACCUGGAAGGACACGGGGCUCCUGACGACCAUGCCCACGGCUCCAGAGCCCACCAGCCCAGAUACCGUUGCCACCUCCACCUCUGUCCUGCCGGCUGGCGAGCGGCCUGGGAGGGGAAGGGCAGUGCUCCUGGACUUGGAUCCUGGCCUCACUGCCCAGGAGAAAGAGGCCACCCACUCACCCAGUGAGACCACGCAGCACCCAACCACCCACCGGGCAUCAACUGCUGGAGCCACCACGGCCCAGGUGCCCGCCACCUCCCAUCCCCACAGGGAUGUGCCGCCUGACCACCCUGAGACCUCGGCUCCCGCAGGUCAUGGCCAGCUUGACCCUCACACUCCUGGUGUGGGGGACGGAGGUCCUGCCACCACUGAGAAGGCUGCUGAGGGCGAAGCCUCCACCCAGCUUCCCGUGGGAGAGGGCUCUGGGGAGCCGGACUUCACCUUUGACGUGUCCGGGGAGAACACAGCCGGGGACGCCCUGGAUCCGGACCAGCGGAAUGAGCCGCCCGUGGAUCAGGGGACCACGGGGGCCUCACAGAGCCUCCUGGAUAGGAAGGAAGUGCUGGGAGGGGUCAUCGCGGGCGGCCUCGUGGGGCUUAUCUUUGCCGUGUGCCUGGUGGGUUUCAUGCUGUACCGGAUGAAGAAGAAGGAUGAGGGCAGCUACUCCCUGGAGGAGCCGAAGCAAGCCAACGGGGGCGCCUACCAGAAGCCCAGCAGGCAGGAGGAGUUCUACGCCUGACGGAGGCCCACCUCCCCCCUCCCCCCGCCACUCGCUAGGCCCCCACUUGCCUCUUCUGUGAAGAACUGCAGACCCUGUGUCCCCUGCCACCACGCCACCCCCCCACGCUCCCAGCCCCGCCGGCGGCUCCCUGCCUGCAGAGUCCUGGGCGCACCGCCGACCCUCCUCUGCUUCUCUGACUUCUGCCUGGAGACUUGGGCACAAGGGCUUUCUCGUGUAUGACCGACCUUUCCACCUGGCACCCCACCACGCCGACUCAGUGUCUCUACAGAGGAGCAGCGCCCCCCAGCCCAGCUCUGGAGGGAAGGGGACCUCACUGCUUUGGAGCUGGCUGGCCCGCGGGGCUGGAAGAUGCCGUGGCUGGAAGAUGCUGUGGCUCGAAGAUGCUGAUGCUGAAAGAUGCCGGGGCUGGAAGAUGCCAGGGCUGAGGGUUGACCCAUCUGUAGCACUUACCUGUAGAGACCGACAGGCCUGGGGGCAUUUCCCGCUGAGUGGCGGGGAGAGGUCAGAAUUCCCUCUGUUUUCUGGGAAGGUCUCAUUUAGAUGUCAACUUGUUUUUGCACAUGUUUCCUGUAGUUUCUUUGUUCGUAGCCCAGUAGAUUUGUUACUUCCGAGGUAAGUUAAGUAAGUUGAUUUGGUUAUGCCCAUCUCGCUUCCCUAAUCUACGGCCAGGAGACAGCAUCAGGGUUAAGAAGACUUUUUGUUUUCAUUUUUUUGUUGUUGUGUUUUUUUUUUGUUUGUUUUUUUUUUGGUUUUUUUUUUUUUGACUAGGAGAACCAAAUCCGGAAGCCACCGUAUAGGCUUAGUUGGUGUGUCGUCUCUGAGUUUGUUGCUCGUGUGUGCAACAGGGUAUGGAGUGUCUGUUAGGUGGCCCCAUUGGUGGGCUGGCUGAUCCCGGUGGCCGUGGGCGGUCACCUCUUUGAGCAGUCCCGCCCGUGUCCGCGAACUUGGGGCCUGGGCUGGGGCCUGGGCGGCUGUGAUGCUGAGGAGCCCAAGUAAGAAUUGAAUCCUGGGCCCUCAGGCCGGGACUGUGGGAUGGGAGAAGGGGUGGCCGGGCCCCGAGCAUCUCCCAGGGACAUGCCCUGCCUUUGAUGCUCUCUCUGGGGGCCGCUUUCUCCUGGGAGGUGACGAGGGGGAUCCUGAGCACACCUGGCACGGAGCUGCCCCACGAAGGACCAGGUUCACUUUUGAUUAGCUCCUGUGGCCCUACCCUGGGCUGGAAUCAGGAAUGUUCCAAAGAGUGAUAGUCUUUUGCUUUUGGCAAAACUCUACUUAAUCCAAUGGGUUUUUCCCUGUACAGUAGAUUUUCCAAAUGUAAUAAACUUUAAUAUAAAGUAGUCAUGUGAACUCUACUGCCUUUGCCUCUUUCUGUGCUGGUUGGGGGGCCGCGACCAGCCUUUUCUCUAAAUGCCGAUGAUAUUGGGAAACGUGGCGAAAAGCUCUGUGCCUUCGUCUUUCUCGUGGGGAGGGAGUCUGGGGCCAGAGUCCCUCUGCUUUGUUUCUUGUUUUGUGUUUUGUCUUUGCUAAAAUUGGCAGGUUCAGCCAAGGUUAUACAGGGCCCGAUGGUCAUUUCUGUGUUGCCAAAUUCCAAGGACCAUCUCCUAAGUGGCGACGAAGCUGUGUGGGCCCCAGUCCAGCUUGACCUGAGGCCAUGGGUCCCCGGAGGCCCGGAGCCCAGGCCUGCAUCUCAGCCGUCUUGGACGGUCCUCUGCUCACACCUUUGCUGGGACCAGAGGCCUCCCGCCCUGGCUCCUGGGAAUGCCUGCGCUUGUGUAUUUAAUUUGACAACGUUCCAGCUGUUCCGUUGGCUGCGCUGAGAGGGGACCGUCUGUGACACAGAGAGACGCCCCGUCCAACGAAGGGAACCUGUGUCCUGUGUUCCUUACGGGGACUGUCUGCCCGGAGUGUCGGACUGGAUGUGAUGCGGGGGCCGGGGAGGGAUCUGUGACUGUGCUCAUCUCUGCGGGUCCGUGGGACGGCGCUCAGCCCGCGGCUGGGCCCAUUCGUGUAACUAAUAAACGGUACUUGUCAUUC